AGAAAGAAAUAUCCCUACAGACUCUGUCUGGGAUUCAAGAAUUACAAAAACAACCUCCACCCCUGCUCUGGGAGAGUAUGUGAGUGGGAGAGGGAGAGGGUGAGGGCGGAGGAGAAGGAGGAGGAGAAGGAGGAAGAGGGAGGUGGAGGAGAGGGACGAGGCGCUAAGGGAACCCCACACCAGCUCUUGCACCCUGCCGGAGCUGAGCUGAGUCCGGCUGCGAGAAAGAUGUUUGAUAACACGCAGUAUCCUUACAACUGUUUCAACUACGAUGGUGAUGAUUACCCCGCCUGCAGCUCAGAUGAGGAGAAGAAACUCAGCCGCCCAGCGUACAGCUACAUUGCUUUGAUUGCAAUGGCCAUCCAGCAAAGCCCUGCCAAUAAAGUGACGCUGUCUGGCAUUUAUGACUUUAUAAUGAAGAAAUUCCCUUACUACAGAUCAAACCAGAGAGCCUGGCAAAACUCCAUUAGGCAUAACCUAUCCCUUAACAGUUGUUUUGUAAAGGUCCCCAGGAUGGAAGGGAAUGAAAAAGGGAAGGGAAACUAUUGGACUUUCGCUUCGGGAUGUGAGUCCAUGCUGGAUCUGUUUGAAAAUGGGAACUAUCGGAGAAGGCGAAGGAGGAGAAAUAUGAAAAAGGAACCUAAAGACCAGAAAUUGAAUGUGGGACCUUCCACCCCUGAGCUGCCCAUGAUGGAUUCUUGUUCAAAGGGCACCCACCUGAACGAAGGUACAAUCAAGAAACAAGAGUUCAGAGCCACUCACCUAGAUUCUUCUCCAUUCUUUUCAAAUAGCCUUUCCAAUCAACAGAACCUAAGCAAUGCCUCUCUUGGAAAAUCUGACUCAGAAAUUAAAUUUAGCAUUGAUUACAUCCUCUCAUCACCUGAUCCAUUGCCUGCUCUAAGAUCACCCUUCAAUACCCAAGAUAAUAAAUAUCAUCUACUGGAAUCUCAACAAAUUAACCUCCAGUUUUGGACAAUGUGAGAUACUCAUAUAAUGGAAUAUAUUUUGGGACUGCUCUAUAACCUUCAACUGUCAGUUAGUAAGAUUGUCAUGUCUCUUUUCCAUAUCAUCUGCUAGAAGGGCACAAGCCAACCUUUCAUACAAAAACUGAGCUGUUACAUAAAAACAAGGCUUGAUUUCAUCAAUUGGUACUUAAUGUUUAAUCCAUUUAUUUGUUGCAGGGUAGAGGAGGACUUUUGGGCUCAUAAAUGAUGCACAUGUGAAAUUGGCUUAAUUCCUUUAAAGAUGCUCAUCUUUGGAGGAACCUGUACAAUGGAACAAUUCAAUUCAGUUCAAUUAAACAAAAAUGUGCUAGAAACUGUGUUAGGGUUACAAAAGCAUAACUCUGCUAAACAGGUUGGCUUACUGACAUUACUUUCCAGCGAGGUCCUUUAAAAAACAAUUGGGACAAUAUUUGAUUCAUUUAUUCUAAUUCUUAACAUUGUUGCUCAUAAUUUCAUUCCCUAACAAAAAUCUCUUGAUAGAUAUUUAAGUAACUGGAUGAGAGAGAAUUAUAUAAACUCUAAAUAGUAAUGUGUGGUUUCAAUAUACCCCGUGGAAGUUAUCUCCUAAUACUAUUUACUAUGGUCAGUGUUAGUGGAUGAUGUGGUAAGACUUAAUAGAUAUGUUGUAACCCGUCUGCAAAGAGAAUAUCUUCUUGUGUUAUUGUGAUGGCUUAGGAAACCCCUCGAACUUGUUCUAUACAAGGUGAAAGGAGACAAAAGUAGACUUGGAAUUUUAGGCAUUGACAAAACACUAGAAUGAAGUUACUUCUGUCCCCUUGCUUGAAAUGGUAAAUUCAUAUGAAGUCAUUAAUUCCAUCUGCUAUCAGUCCCCAAAGUGAUACUAUUGAAUAAAUGUCCUUUCCUUUUUGGUGAAGUGGGUAAUCAGAGACCAACACAAUUAUAGAUACCAAUAUUAGGAUGGUAUGCACCAUUUGAAAUGUAAAUUAUUUCAUUAAUGUGAGAGAUGAACAUUUAGAAAAAUAUAAUCAUACACAUGAAACUAUUUGAUCCCUCAGCAUUUUUUUUAUUAAACACAUAUUUACAGAAUUAAUUGCAGAAUUGUUUUUAUAGAAUCUUUACAGAAUUGAUUUGAAGGUUAGCAUAGAUUACACUAGACAUGAUUUGCAAGGUGGUGACUGUAAACUAUUCUCUCAAAUAGAAACACAUACAAAGAGACUAAUUUUCUUGAGACACAAUUUCAAAAGCAAAUCCAGGAUUUAGAAAAAGGAACUCAAGGUAAAUGAAGGUAGACAACUUGACAAGGAUAAACCAAAACUAAGGAAAAGAUAGGUUUACAUAUGGCUUGAAUUUUGAGAUAGGAGAUUUGACAUUUCAUUAAGUAAUUUAUACUGUAUAUAGACACUUGACAUACUCUUACAUAUUUCUAGAUGAGGAAAGAUCAUCAGUGGCAUUUAUAAAUAUUGUGAAAAUGCAUGAUCUUGUCUAUUUUGUGUUCAGAAUUGUUACUGAUGCUUCUACUGUACUGCCUUUCCAACCACUUCCCCCCCCCCCAAAAAAAAAAAUCCAACAUCUUGCUGACUUCAUUCUUAGAAAAUGCUAUGGAUUUUCAAAAAGCCUCAGCAAAAACAAGUGCUUCUCCACACUUCACUGGAAAUUUCUUUCUUAGAAAAGCAGCAGGAACUAUGAACAUAUAUUUAAAAGAGGACCAUCAAUAGCAAGAGGACCAUGACAAAACAACAACCACCACCCACCAUCUGUCUUCCAAGUUCCCAAAAAUAUUUUUCAAUGACCAUGUGACAUUUUCAUGUUAUCAGAAUGAUGAUGGAUGUAUGUGUAUGUGUCUUGUGAGUUUUUUUAUGUGUCUGCACUCCAAUGUAAGUAUAGCUAUAUUUAUAUCUGAGUUGCUGUCUUGCCAAAAACAUUAUUUUUAAUUUUGCUAUAUAUAAGCGAGAUGGUGGCAGUGCAAUGUAGUCUGUACUUGAAAGGAGUAUAUAUGGGGUGUUUGAAAAUAUAUUUUUCUGUUGCAAAUGGAGCAAAUACAAUUUACUUUAUAUCCUUUGUGCUUAUAGUUAAUUGGCUUCUUUCUCUCACCAGUGAAAACUGGUUUAGGGUAGAACUCUUGGGCUAUGUAAAUCCUGGCUAUGUAAACAUUUGGAUACAGUAGGUUCCAGCUGCUUUGAAAGGAGAGAAGUCAGGAAAAUAAUGAAUUUUCAAUAGGAAUACAAAAUUACUAAAGCUAACAGAUUUGUAAAUCAGUCAGUCAUUCAAGCUGCCUAGUAAGGAAGGUAUGUUUGGGGUUGUCAGAACAUGCAGUUGAAGGAAUUUUUGUACAGAUAGGUGCUAACGUUUGUUUUGCAAAGGAUAUCAAUCAUGUUUCUAAAAGUGAAGGGACAUUUUUCAAUUUGCCCAGUGCAUUAUAUUCUCACCACUUUAGAAAGGUUUCUAGCACUUAAAGUGAAUGGCAUUUAAUAUAGAACAACAUAACAGGGGUGAGGGCUGGAUGUGACCUAUUCAAAUGUCGCUACCAUUACAUAGCUAUUCCCAAUGCAAUUAUAAUUAAAUACUUUAUGCCUUUCUUGCAAAUCUGCUGAUCGAUCAUUGAUAUUAACAUUAAUACUGUAUUACCCCCGAGCAGAUGUCUACCACACAAGUGUUAUGGAUCACCAGGUUUCCAUUAACAAAGUUGUGAGGUAUUGCCAUAUGCUAGCCAGGGAUAAAUCUACGUAAAUUACCUUAUGACAAAGCAUACAGGACAGUGUGAGACCAAGGAAUAAUAUUAUUUCUUUUCUUAGGCCAUGGUGAUUCUAUAACUUAUGUGUCCUCAUUACAAGAGUGGAUGAAGCAAAUCAAGAAAAGAGAUCCUAUUUUCAGAUGAACUUAACUAUAUGUUCUUUGCAAAAGAACCUAGCAUAUGAUCAAUUAUCAUUGUCCAUAUUGAUGGAAGGAAGAAAAGGUAGCAUGAUAUAAGCUAAUUGGAAAUCUUCAAAUCAUUUUAACAUAGCUUUGGAAGAUAGGACACAUGAUCAGACAUAUCCUUUAAAAAGACGUGCUUUAUAACUGCCCCUAGUUUUAUUCCUACAUUACAUCCUCACUUCUUAUCAGUUGCUUUGCAAAUGGGUUUUAUUGAAACCCAAUAAUAAAGUGUGGAAAAUCUAAUGAUAUUUUCCCUGCUAUUAUUAGAGACACAACAUUAAGAAUCCAAGAGCCCAAUACUCUCUGAAGUCAAUCAGUAUCAUCUCUGUACAUGAAGGACAACUCACAUUCUUUAUCACUGUCAUCAUCUUCACCAAUAGGUAUUUCCUGAGCAUCUAAUAUGUGCAUGAUCUUUUCCUGGGUGGUGUGGAUUAGCUUGUACUGGGUGCUGUGGGGAAUACACCAGAUAAAAUUCCUAAGGUUCUUUUCCUCUAAGAUCUUAGAUAGCUAAGGAAAUAAAGUGUUUAUAAAAGGAGAAGAUUCUCUGCAUCCCCCACUGUUCUUUCCCAACAUUUAAUAUUAACUGUAUGCAACCACACACUCUUGAGCCCCAAGGAGAUUAGAGUCACUUGCAAAGGUGAGGAAAGACAGGUAAGAGUUUGGAGCCUGCAUGCUACUAAAUGACAUGAAUUUCAUUUAUUUUACUUCCUAGAUUGAAUGUUUGAAAAUUAACUGAAGUAGGCAAGAAGAAAGGGAAUAUUUUCCAACUCAAAUAUUUUCUUCAAAUAGUCCAUUCGUUGGAAAUUCAUACAGAUUUAUAGUAGCAGAUUGGGUGACUACUUGUCUGGAAUGUUGUAGAUUAUUUGAUGGGGGUUAAAUUAGGUGACUUUCGAAACUCUUCUAGCUCGAGAGAUUCUUUGCUAGUAAACUUUUUUUUUUUUUUUGGGGGGGGGCAAAAGUGCUCCUAAAGAGAGUUAAAUCUAUUAUCUGUCAUUCUCACCUUUUUUUUGGUGUUGUUUUAAAUUGAUUAAUAUUUGGCUUAGCCAAAAGGGACUCAGUAAAUAGGGAAUGGAGACCUAUCCUCCUGGAGGAUAUCCUCCAUAUCCUGGAGACCCUCUAUCCUCAGGGAAAAUAGCUAAAAACAAUAUCAGGAUCACUAAAAGUUAAGAUACCCUAGUUCUCAGUUGAUCUAUAAGCAUAUGAGUCCAUCAUUCAGGCUUUGAACCAAUGAUACCAAUAAAUACUUAAGCAAUUGUUAAGCCCUACAACUUGUUCAUAUCUUGGGUUCUUACCAAUUGUUUUCUUUUCACCUCCAAGCACCAUGUUAUCUGGCUCUAGAACUCUCUUCCUUUUUUCCC